AUGACGGACUAUGUAGGGCAAACAGUUGACGUUCUCGAUUGUUACGAGGGUCGUGAUGCUGCUAUUACAUUUACGCUUUAUUUUUGCUGUUUAUUAAGUGGUUUUUAUCCACGAAAAUCUAAAUUACAUCGAUCAUUACAACGUAUUUUUAAACGACUUGAAGAUUGUCGUGUUGUCUUACGUCUUUAUGAUGAUUUGACUAUUCUUCGAGAUUUAUUUACUUAUGAAUUGAGACCAGGAGAAAGAAAUUGGAUAGUUCGUUUAUUGAAAUGUCUUCAUUAUCUUUCAUGGCUUUGUUAUUAUCCAUCAGAACAUAUUGGUUGGCUUGGAGAAAUGAAAAUGCUUGAUGUUGACGCUAAAUUAUGGGAUUUUUAUACGAAUUUUUUCUGGUCAUCAGCUUUACUUACUUCUGCUCUCUGGAAUGCAUACGUUGUUUUACAAUAUAUGGUACAGCAAAGUUAUAGUGUAGAGAGAAAAGAAGAAGAAAAAAAAUCAUUUAUCCCAUGGACAGCAGCACGUAAUGCAAUGUUAGCAACUGUACGUGAUGGUACUGAAUUUAUGGUUGCUGUUAAUUAUUUACCUCGUAGUUAUUUAUGGGGAUCAAGAUUAACCUAUAUUCAAGUAGGCAUGUUUGGUACAUGUUCAGCUUUCUUACGUCUUUUUGCACUCUUCAAAUUUCAUCAUGAAUAA